CCCAGAGAGAGAGAGAGAGGGAGAGAGACACACAGGGGGUUUGGAUUUGAGACAUUUGGUUCCAUUGCCCAGUACUGUCAGGAACCCUGAGUUUCUCUUAAAACUGGUUUGAGAAAGAGGAUCCACCGUGGUCAUUGGGUACAGUACGUGUUGGGGUUCGUUGAGAAGAUCGCAUGCUGGCACAGGAGAUGGCAUCAAGGGGGUUGGCAGUGCUGUGUGUGCUGGUGGCUGGCCUUGGUCAGGUCGGGAGCAGUGGCCAAGCGGGCAGGGAGGACCUUAACCCAGCGGCCCUGUAUCCAUGGAGACAGAGGAGCAGUGGGGGUCUGAGCAGGGUGAAGAGAGACUGGAUCAUCCCUCCAAUCAGGGUGCUGGAGAACAGCAAGCAAGUCCCUGAAAACCUGGUCCAGAUCAAAUCAGACAAGAUUUUCACUGGAGAAGUGAUCUACAAGCUGGAAGGACCAGGGGUUGACCAGGACCCUAAGAACCUGUUUGAGAUAGAUGAUAAAACAGGCUGGAUCAGGAGCAUGAUUCCCCUGGACAGAGAGAAAUACAGAAGCUUCACGCUGAAAGCCUUUGCCCUGUCGCCCAGUGGAGAGAGACUGGAGAAUCCCUCCACCAUUGAGAUCGUAGUGCUGGAUCAAAAUGAUAACCGGCCCAACUUCUCCCAAAAAGAGUUUGCUGGGUCCGUUUAUGAAUUCUCYGUACCAGGCACAUCUGUGAUGUCUGUGACUGCGACUGAUGCUGACGACCCAACCACAGACAACGCUAUCCUGAGCUACUCUAUCAUUGACCAGGAGAGCAUCCCGCCUCUCCGCAUCAAUAAGACCAUGUUUGGCAUCAACAACGAGACAGGGGCCAUUUACACACGAGACGUGGGUCUAGACUGGGAGGUGGUUAAAGGUUUUAGGUUGAAACUGCAGGUUGCUGACAUGUCAGGCAUGGGGUUAACCAGUCUUGCCAAUGCAGUCAUACAUGUGACUGACAUCAAYAACAAUCCCCCACGAUUCUCCCCAGACAUGUACACUAUGUCAGCUGUGGAGAACAAAGUAGACUUCGUGAUUGGCUGGGUCAACGCCACAGACAAUGAUGAGCCAGGGACAGGAAACUGGGAGACAAAAUACACCAUCGCCAAGGGCAACCCCUCUAGGAACUUUGCCAUUCGCACAGACCCUGUGACCAACGAGGGUAUUCUGUCAGUGGUGAAGGCUCUGGACUACGAGUCCCAAGAGGUGUAUACUCUGACUCUGACAGUGGAGAAUGUGAACCCUCUCAGCAUCAAGGCCCCCAAGAACCCUGUAAGCAGUGCCACAGUGGUGGUGACUGUGGUGAAUGAGAACGAGGCCCCACGCUUUAUUAAAGACCCCAUAGAGAUCUUGGUUCCUGAGUCUGUGGUGCCUGGCACCGUGCUGGCCAGUAACAUUGCCUACGAUCCUGAUAAUGCAAAACUCAAGUAUGACAUACUCAGAGAUCCUGAGGGAUGGCUUAUAAUCAAUCACGAGACUGGAAAAAUCGCAGCCAGGAAACCGUUCAAUGUCCGCUCCCCUCACGUCAAGAACAACAUUUACAAUGCAGUCAUCAGAGUCACAGACACAGAUGCUGGUGGAAUCUCGACCACAGCGUCUCUGGUGAUCACGUUGUGGGAGACCAAUGACUUCCUCCCUCAGCUGUUCCCCCUGAUGGGGACGGUGUGCAGCGAGUCAGGCCGGGAGACAUCUGGUCUGUUCCUGAGUGCWGUGGAUGAGGACCUGCCCCCUCAUGCUGAACCCUUCACCUUCCACCUGCAAGACAUUAAUGUGUCUGCCAACUGGACCAUCAUACAGGUCAAUGAGACUCAUGCAGCGCUGCGACCCCUGGUAGAGCUGGAGACAGGGGAAUAUGCUGUCACUGUGUUGGUGACUGACUCUGGCACCCCUAGUCUCGGUGCAUAUGCUCAGGUCAAUGUGACUGUGUGUCCGUGUGGGAAAGACGGUGAAUGUAAGACCGAAGCUGCUGCCAUAUUCGGAACACGAGUUGGUGUCAGCUUCAUCGCCUUACUGGUCAUCAUGGCCAGCAUCGCACUCCUGCUAUUGUUGCURCUCCUGGCUGUAGCCGUGGGUAACUGCAGACGGCAUCAUAUGAAGAAAGGAGAGGGGCUGCUGGUGGGGGAGUCAGACGAAGACAUCCGUGACAACGUCCUGAACUAUGACGAGCAGGGUGGUGGAGAGGAGGAUGAGAAUGCCUUCAACAUUGACCUACUGUGGAACCCAGUGGAUGUGGGACCACUCCCAACAUCCUUCUACCCUCCCAUCUCUGGCAUCCCCAGGGGAAAGCAGCCACUCAGGAAAGACUACCCAGACAACCUGCCCUCCCCCUCAUAUCCACGGAAACCCCCAGCGGACCCCACUGACAUUGAGGACUUCAUCAAUGAUGGCCUGGAAGCAGCAGACCAUGACCCCAACGUCCCGCCCUACGACACAGCUCUGAUCUAUGACUACGAGGGUGAUGGCUCCCUGGCAGGCAGCCUGAGCUCCAUUGCCUCAGCCAGCUCAGACGGCGACCAGGACUAUGACUACCUCAACGACUGGGGACCACGCUUUAAGAAACUGGCCAACAUGUACGACCCACGCUAAGGAGACUGUCUGGUUAUUUAGCGACCAGUACAUUUACCGUAACUUUAUCCUCAGAUGCCAUCUAUUUUCUCCUAAACUCCACCCAACUCCCUAUUCUUCAU